GAAUCAUACCAUUCAGACGAAGCCAUUGUCACCCGGUGUGAAUCUGCACGUUGCUUCGACAGGGCAACUCCUUGAUUCAACGUCUCUUUAAUUAUUUCCUUUAAAUCAAGUCGCUGGAAACUUUAAUUCUCAAAAAUGGCGAUGCACGUACCUAAACCACCCGGUUUCCAGCAAAUGAUGAAAGAGGGCUCGCGGAUGUUUCAAGGUCUAGAAGAGGCUGUCAUCAGGAACAUCAGUGCUUGUAAGCAGCUAGCAGAAACUGUGCAGACAGCUUAUGGUCCCAUUGGCAUGAACAAAAUGGUUAUCAAUCACUUGGGAAAACUCUUUGUUACAAAUGAUGCAGCCACAAUCAUAAGGGAGCUUGACGUGGAACAUCCUGCUGCCAAGAUGAUGAUUCUUGGUUCUCAAAUGCAAGAACAAGAAGUUGGUGAUGGAACAAAUUUUGUCAUCAUCUUGGCUGGUGCCCUGCUGGAACAAGCUGAAGCUCUUAUUCGCAUGGGUCUGACUCCAAAUGAAAUUGCUGAAGGCUAUGAGAAAGCUUUAGAAAAGGCCUUAGAAAUUUUGCCUAAUUUGGUGUGCCAGACUGUUGAGAAUGUUCAAGAUUCGGAUGUCAUUACAAAAGCCAUUACAGCCGCUAUCAUGUCCAAGCAAUAUGGUAACGAGUCUUUCCUGACUCCGCUCAUCACUGAAGCUUGUGUUUCAAUCCUGCCGGACAAGAAAACGACAUUCAACGUUGACAACGUGAGGGUUUCCAAAAUCCUUGGUGGAAGCUUGUAUCAAUCGCAGGUCGUACAGGGAAUGGUUUUCAAGCGUCAAGUAGAAGGAGACAUCACUCGAGCUGAGAAAGCCAAAAUUGCCGUCUACACUUGCCCCAUCGACUCUGUCCAGACUGAGACCAAAGGAACAGUUUUGAUCCAAUCUUCCAAGGAGUUGAUUGAUUUCUCUCGUGGCGAGGAGAAUAUGCUGGAAAAAGAAAUCGCUGCCAUCGCAGCAUCUGGCGUUAAAGUCAUCGUCUCUGGUGGCAAGAUUGGUGAUCUCUGUCUGCAUUACCUCAACAAAUACGGUAUUAUGGGUGUCCGCCUUCAGUCCAAAUUUGAUCUUCGUCGUCUAUGCAAAGCCAUCAACGCGACUGCCCUUCCACGUUUGACCCCUCCGUCGGCCGAGGAAGUUGGUUAUGCUGAUCAUAUCUACACCGAUGAGUUUGGAGACACCGCAGUCGUCAUCUUCCGUCAAGACGAGAAAGAGUCUCGCAUCGCCACCAUUAUUGUUCGUGGUGCUACCGACAACUUCCUCGACGACAUUGAGCGAGCGAUUGAUGAUGGAAUCAACAACUUCAAGGUCUUGUCUAGAGACGGUCGACUUGUACCUGGAGCUGGAGCGGUGGAAGUCGAACUAGCCAGGCAAAUUAACCAGUUUGCCGAAAAAUGCCCUGGAUUGGACCAGUAUGCCAUCCAAAGGUUCGCACAAGCUUUGGAGACUUUCCCACGCAUCUUGUCCGAUAACGCGGGACUCAAGACGACCGAGACAGUGGCCGCUUUGUUGGCUGCCCACCAGGAAGGCAAAGCUACUACUGGUAUCUGUGUCGACGAUCAAGGCGGUUUGAUUGAUGCUGUUGAAUCUGGUGUGGUUGACCUGUUUGCGGCUAAAUAUUGGGGCAUGAAGUACGCUACUGCGGCAGCUUGCACUGUUCUUCGUGUCGAUCAAAUCAUCAUGGCGAAGAGAGCAGGUGGUCCGAAAGCACGUGAUGCUGGUGCACAAGACGCCGAUGAUGAUUAAACAUUGAGUGAACAAGAAGUUUCUUUUUCUUUCUCGCAUUCGCUGAGUUCCACAGUUGCAUUGGGAAAAUGCUAUCUCCUUAAACACACUAACUACAUUUUUGUCCACAGCUUUUGUCCGCAAAAUACAUUCAUCAAAACUA